CCCAGACAAAGAACCGCCGGCCGUGCCCCCGGCAGCCCGGCCCGGCCCGGCUCGGCUCGGUUCGGCACGGCUCGGCCCCGCCGCGGCGCCUGGCCCGCAUGGGCGGAGAAGAAGGCGAAGGUGAUCGCCGUGAUGAACGUGGUGGAGGAGACGCCGCGGGCCGAGCCCCAGAAGGAGGAGGAGGCCAGCCCCCCCGCCUCGCAGCAGCCCACCGACCCCGCCUCGCCCAACGUGGCCACCACGCCUGAGCCUGUGGUGGCCGACGCUGUCGACAAGAACACGUCCAAGUCGGCCGACGACGAGCCCGAGUACGAGGACGGCCGGGGCUUCGGCAUCGGCGAGCUGGUGUGGGGCAAGCUGCGCGGCUUCUCCUGGUGGCCGGGGCGCAUCGUCUCCUGGUGGAUGACGGGACGGAGCCGGGCGGCCGAGGGCACCCGCUGGGUGAUGUGGUUCGGGGACGGCAAGUUCUCGGUGGUCUGCGUGGAGAAGCUCCUGCCCCUCAGCUCCUUCUCCAGCGCCUUCCACCAGGCCACCUACAACAAGCAGCCCAUGUACCGCAAAGCCAUCUACGAGGUGCUGCAGGUGGCGAGCAGCAGAGCAGGGAAGAUCUUCCCGGCGUGCCCCGAGAACGACGAGACGGACACCUCCAAGGUGGUGGAGAUCCAGAACAAGCAGAUGAUCGAGUGGGCGCUGGGAGGCUUCCAGCCGUCUGGCCCCAAGGGCCUGGAGCCCCCCGAGGAGGAGCGCAACCCCUACAAAGAAGUGUACACGGAGAUGUGGGUAGAGCCCGAAGCCGCCGCCUACGCACCGCCCCCGCCCGCCAAAAAGCCCAGGAAAAGCACAACGGAGAAGCCCAAGGUCAAGGAGAUCAUUGACGAGCGCACCCGAGAGCGACUCGUCUACGAGGUCCGGCAGAAAUGCAGGAACAUCGAAGAUAUCUGCAUCUCCUGCGGGAGCCUCAACGUCACCCUGGAGCACCCUCUGUUCAUCGGGGGGAUGUGCCAAAACUGCAAGAACUGCUUCUUGGAGUGCGCGUACCAGUACGACGACGACGGCUACCAGUCCUACUGCACCAUCUGCUGCGGUGGCCGCGAGGUGCUCAUGUGCGGCAACAACAACUGCUGCAGGUGCUUCUGCGUGGAGUGCGUGGAUCUGCUGGUGGGCCCGGGGGCGGCGCAGGCGGCCAUCAAGGAGGACCCCUGGAACUGCUACAUGUGCGGCCACAAGGGCAUCUACGGGCUGCUGCGGCGGCGGGAGGACUGGCCCUCCCGCCUGCAGAUGUUCUUCGCCAACAACCACGACCAGGAGUUUGACCCACCAAAGGUUUACCCGCCUGUCCCAGCCGAGAAGAGGAAGCCCAUCCGCGUGCUCUCGCUCUUCGACGGCAUCGCCACAGGCCUACUGGUGCUGAAGGACCUGGGCAUCCAGGUGGACCGCUACAUUGCCUCUGAGGUGUGCGAGGACUCCAUCACCGUGGGCAUGGUGAGGCACCAGGGCAAGAUCAUGUACGUCGGGGACGUCCGAAAUGUCACCCAGAAACACAUACAGGAGUGGGGCCCGUUCGACCUGGUAAUAGGGGGCAGCCCCUGCAACGACCUCUCCAUCGUCAACCCGGCCAGGAAGGGGCUGUACGGUGGGUGUCCCCUCGCUGCUGCCGCUGCAAAACCACCAGCACUGGCUGCCCCCCUGACACCAUCCCUCUCUCUCUCCUGCCCAGAGGGCACCGGGCGCCUCUUCUUCGAGUUUUACCGCCUCCUGCACGAAGCCCGGCCCAAGGAGGGCGACGACCGGCCCUUCUUCUGGCUCUUCGAGAAUGUGGUGGCCAUGGGGGUGAGCGACAAAAGGGACAUCUCGCGCUUCCUCGAGUCCAACCCCGUCAUGAUCGAUGCCAAAGAAGUGUCUGCGGCACACAGGGCGCGGUACUUCUGGGGAAACCUUCCCGGUAUGAACAGGCCGCUGGCAUCCACAGUCAACGAUAAGCUGGAACUCCAGGAGUGCCUGGAGCACGGCAGGAUAGCCAAGUUCAGCAAGGUGCGAACUAUCACCACUCGCUCCAACUCCAUCAAGCAGGGCAAAGACCAGCAUUUCCCCGUCUUCAUGAACGAGAAGGAGGACAUCCUGUGGUGCACGGAGAUGGAGAGGGUCUUCGGCUUCCCGGUGCAUUACACGGACGUGUCCAACAUGAGCCGCCUGGCCCGGCAGAGACUGCUCGGCAGAUCGUGGAGCGUGCCGGUGAUCCGCCACCUCUUUGCUCCCCUGAAGGAAUACUUUGCCUGCGUUUAAGAGAGACGGACAGGAACUGGUAACACAGAGCGCGUCAGAAACAAAACCAUCCACGCCAAGAGAAGUGAAAACACGGAAUGAGAGAAGAGUCAGCACCCAGAAGAGAGACGGGAUUUUGCAGCCCGACGGGAACCCGGCACACGUCUCCCCGAGCGAAAGGGUUCGGUGUCCUCUCCUGAAUUUCCAAUGUUCAGCUUUUAGCCUAUUUAAAAAAAAACAACAAAAAAAAAACAACAAAAAACGACAAAAAAGAAAGAAAAAAAAAGAAAACAAAAAAACAAAAAACCAAAACCAUUUUUUUUUGGGUAACCUUUUAGUUUUCCGCUCUUUUCUGGCUGGGUUUUUCUGUUAGUUUGGUUUCUGCUUCUCGGAGCAGCGGGCGAGACGCGGCGCUGUCGCCAGCCCUGCUCUCGGAGGAGGGGAAACGGCCGCGGGAAAGCCCAGCCGGGAGAGGCGGAGGCGAGGGAGACGGGACCGGGACCGGGACCGCGCCGUCCGCCCGGCGCUCCCAGCUCGCCACGAGCUCGCGCGGGGCCGCGGGCCCGGCUCGGGAGCACAACGCAGGGAGGCGCUCGGCCAGCUCCGCAACCGACUGAGCCUCACUCUUUUCCACCAGCACCAUGCACUGGUGAUAUGGAGCAAAACCAACUGGCAGGGAAGCCAAGAACACACACACCACAACACACACCUUUUCUACAGUAUUUUGGGUGCCUACCACACAGGAAACCUUGAAGAAAGCAAACCCUAGAAGCCGCUGUUACCUCUUGUUUACAGUUUAUAUAUAUAUGAUAGAUAUGAGAUAUAGAUAUAUAUAUAUAUAAAAGGUACUGUUACUACUGUACAACCUGACUUCAUAAUGGUGCUUUUAAACAGCGGGGUGAGUCAAGACAUCAGCUUCCAUGUUGCCUUACGUGCCAGGCCUUUCCGGAGCUGCGCGGGAGGGGGCCGGGGCGGCCG